AUGAGCAAAUACGACGUGUCUCACACCGAGAGCGCCGGUGGUACCGGCUCGUACAGAGGUGGCAAGAGGAAGUCAUGUAUGAGGCACUGCGCGAGGUUUUGGUGGAUCUAUCUCAUUGCAACCAUCGCCGCAAUCCUUCUUAUUGUCCUCCUGAUUAUUUUCGUUGCCGUCCCCAAGAUUGCCCAAUCGAAACUUGAUCAUGCUGAGCUCACGGUCGACGGAAUCGCCGUCUCCAACACCAGACCCAACUCCUACAACAUGGCUAUCAACUCGACGCUGAAAUCGGACGGCUCCGUCAAGGCGACCAUCGAGCCCUUCGACGGCGUCAUGUACCUCGAGGACCUGGAGCCUCACACUCCCUUCGUCCACCUCAAUUUCCCCGAAACCAAGUCUGUCAAGCUGCAGACUGUCAACAUCAGCCAGCACAUCGAGAUUGCCGACAUGGCGGCCUUCACCACUUUCGCCACCUGGUUCCAGAACAAUGAGUCCGUCAGGGUCACCAUCAGAGGCGACACUCACGUCAAGGUGAACGGUAUUGCGAGGCGCUACGGUGUUACGUUCAAGAACACGGUGACCUUGAAGGGCUUGAAUGGCUUCAAGGGCCUCAAUGUCACGGACAAUACCAUCUCUCUCACCCCUGACGCCCAGGGGGACAACUUCAAGGGCCACGUCUCCGUUCCCAACCAUUCUGUUCUCACUCUCGAGAUCGGAAAUGCCAGCUUCUCCAAUCUCCUGAACAACCAGGACAUUGGCACCGUCUACCUUGACAACCUCGUCCUCUACCCGGGCAUAAACAACGCCACCAUGCGCGCCAACAUCACUCAGGCCCCCGUCCUCGCCGCCAUCGCUCAGCGUCCCGCCUGCGAGAAUGGCAUCAUCCCAUUCGCCCUCCGCGGCAAGGACGUCACCAGCGGCGGCCAGAGGUUGUCGUACUGGGCCGACGCCCUGGCCUCUGGUACGGUCGUCACCGACAUCAACAUUGGUGCCUCCCUGAAGAAGUCCCUGAACCUCACCGUUGCUUGUCACUGA